UCCUGCUCUGCGUGGCUGGCUGCUUCUCGCCAUGUCUUCUCACGAGACUUUCAGAAUCAAGCGAUUCCUGGCCAAGAAACAAAAGCAGAAUCAUCCCAUUCCCCAGUGGAUUCGGAUGAAAACUGGUAAUAAGAUCAGGUACAACUCCAAGAGGAGGCACUGGAGAAGAACCAAGCUGGGUCUAUAAGGCGUCACACAUCAUAAAAUGACACACUUAAUUGGCACACAUAUUUAAUUAAGCUGCGUGAAGAUCAUGUGUUCUAUCAUUCUAUAAACAUUCUUCCUACCUGACCAUAGACUUGUCUU